UCCAACGCAACCAGAGAUGACAGAGAGAGAGAGAAAAUUGUCUUUAUGAGUGGUUGCAGCCCCACUUUUAACUUCAGCAUGGAUUUUGACUACCAGAUGAUAAAAGAUCGCGAAAUGCAACAGCGAGAAGCAAUGAUCCGCUCCUUGCCAAUCCCACAACCCCGGCAGGUGACUGGCCUGUACGUCAAUCAACAGCCGUCUGCAAGACGGAUUCCUCCAGUCAAGCCCAGGAGAAGUCUAAAGUCCCGACCCCCACCACAGGAUGGGGUGGGGCCUCCCGGCCAGCCAGCUACUAGCAGAGAGAGUGAGGGUGGCGUUCAGAGGGUGUCACCAGCUGUGAGUUUAAGCGGCACCCCUGUCUGCCUGGAGCCUCUGUCCCCCUCCCUGCGCGCUCACACCCUGCUGUGGUUCCAGAGGACGCAGCUACCCCGCCUAAGCAGGCCCGGCCACCCCCUGCCCCUGUGGCUGCACGGCUUCGCCACACGCCGAGAGGCAGAGGAGCUUUUGAAGGAUGAGGGACAGGGCUGUUUCCUGGUGAGGCUCAGUGAGUCAAAGAUUGGAUUCGUCCUCUCAUACAGGGGGAAGGACAGGUGCCGUCACUUCAUCAUUGAGGAGGAAGGGGGCGGGGCAGCAGCUGAAGGGGGGCAUUACCUCAUUGCUGGGGAGGAGAGUCGCCAUGGCAGCCUGCAGGAGCUGGUCAGCUACUACACCCAGCAUGCGGUCGGGCCCUUUGAAGAGAUGCUGACCACACCCUGUGUUAAGGCCAAGCAAAGCAGGGAGGAUUUGGUGGCACAGGAAGCAGAAGUGCGGGACAGGGCUGACGGCAUAUAUGGAGGACCCGUGGCAGAGCAGGAGGUCUCUGCUGUCCCAUCUGCCCCUCCAGCACCCGCAGCCACCUUCUGUCCCCCAGCAGGAUUAGCCCCACCUCCCACAGAGACGGCUCAGUACGCAGUGGUGAGGAAGCUGCUGAAGAAGUCUCAUUCUUUGCCUGACAGCCAAACUGCCAGAGACACAGCCUCCCCUGACCCAGAGGUGCCAAAUUUCAUCCCCGUUGCACCCCCAGAAGCCCCAGCUACAGCAGUCAGUGACGCUGCAGGGGCAGUUGGAGAGGACACACUUGAGGACGUCCCGUACGCCAAGGUCAACAAGCCCCUGCGGGCCUUUUCCAGCACACCCCCUCCCUCCACUGACACCCCCCAGCCUGCCUCCCCCUCCCAUCUGUCUCGCAGGGGGUCCGGCGGGGAGCAGAAGUACUGGGAGCUGGUGCCCAUGCACACCUACGAGGAAACCAAUCAUGUGGCCCCCCGAACAGAGUCAGAUGACCAGAUUGACUUCUAUGCCAUGGGGCGCAGGCGGGACAUCGGGGAGAGUGCAGCGGCCUCCACACACGUGUACUCUGAGGUGAACCUGAGAGGAUCCCGGGAAGGAUCGGCCCCCGUCCCUGUCCCCCCUCCUGCCAGAACUGCCCCCAGUCUGCCUCUUAGGCCCCCUCCCCGAAUAGCAGAUGGCCUCUCUCAGGCGGAGUCUGCUUUACAGAGAUUGGACGGCCGCCUCCCCCUGACCCCUCCCUCUCGACCCGGGUUACACCUGCCCGCCUGCUCUGAGAGACCCCUCCCUGACAACCACACCUCCAUCUAUGAGCAGAUCCCAGACAGGGGUUCUUCAGUUCGACCUCCGCUGCCCCCACCGAACCACAGGCACUGACCUCACCAACAUCAUAUCCCAGUCCGGGAGCCUGCCAGUUCUGCCAGAAAGUGCCAUCACAUCAUGCUACUAUUCUGAUGCUCAAAUUAUCCGGAUACUUCUGCAUUUCUGUACAGU